AUGGUGAAGCUGGUGAAGAACCCCGUCGUGAAGCCGGCCGUGCUCUGCGGCUUGCACAAGAGCCUCAAUCCCUACAUUAUCAACCAUGUUCUCAGUCUCGUGAAGCGCGAAGUCACGGUGCAUCUGGGCUGCCUUGACGCGUACAUGGAACAUCUGGCUCCCGAGAUGAAGUGUGUGAUGCGGUCUAUUGGGGCGAUGAAGGGCAUGUGGUGGGUUCCUUCGGCUGCGGAGUUGGAGCCGCCUGUGGGCGCGGUGAAAUCCCAGGAGAAUGGCUGUGAGGCGUGCAUGUUGGCGCGGGUUGUAUCCCAGCCGGUGUACAUGACUGAUCUCCGCGGCGCGUUGUUGAGUCGCACGCGGACGAGAAGAAGUACCCAUCGGGCACCAAGGCUGUUGGCCUUUGUUGAUAGCGCGAUCAAUCGUCAGAGAGACGCGGCAGAGCUGUUCUAUAUUAGCGGCCAAGUGGGUUUUGAGCUUAAGAAAGCGAGGAAGCAGGCGACCAGGUAUUUCAGGAGUGCAUUGAAGGGACACAGAGAUUGUGAGCCAGCGAAGAGCGAACAUUCGAUUAUCGUGUACCUGGAUCAGAACACAAAAGAUCCAAGCACUGGGCCAGAGCAUGUUCGAUAUGGCGACACAGGAUACGAUCCCAGAUACGAUCCAGCCUCACCAGGAGCCACCUCAGACUGCGACGCGAUAAUCGAAGAAAUCAUCAUGGCAUACGCCAGUUUCACGGACGGGAAGAGUUUCCACGGCAAAAACUUACCCCCUGUGGACGACUCGAUCGACGUGCCCUUCGUCAGCCCCCUAUCCGUCACUAAGUACACGGGAUCAAGCUACUCGUCGUCUGAACUAGACCAACCGCAAAUUGAUUUCCAUCCGGGCAAUUUCCCGAGAGAAAUCGAUUGGAACCAUAUCAUCAGCCAACCCAGUCCCUUGGAAGCAUUGAAAGAAGUAAUGCGAUCUAUCAUCGAAGAGGAUCCUCGCUGUACGGCGUUAUUCGAGAGUGAGGAGCCUGCAGUUCGCUGCCGCGAGCUUAUCGACACAUGGUUUGAACGUAAUAGGAUAUCCGAGUAUGAGGAUUGCCCCGUAGAUGAAGAAAUUGGGCCUGCGGGCAGCACUUGGGACCUCGUAUGCAGAUAG